GUCGAAGCUCCUCCUGCUACCACCCCCGAGUUGCCAGACUAUCUCUUAGAUCCAAAUGCGGUUCUAAAUGACAGCGGUGCCAACUGGCGAUAUGGCCAACCUCCUGAUUACUCUAAUACCAGGAAGGUAUAUGGCGAAAGUAAGUCUAGAAAACGCUCGGUUUCUAGAGUAUAUCAUUUGCUCUCGAUCUUGGCUCUACGCUCAAACCUACAUAUCAAAGCUGCGCUUAGCUGACCCCUCUCUAGCCAAAACCAAGAAUCACGAAACGGCCAGCCUCCCAUUCCUCGUCGAGAACUUAGUCAAGAACUGGGAAAUCGAAGCCAGCUUCAAGCCCGACAUCUCAGACUGGCGUACCAUCGACCAUUCAAACUACACCUUCUCCGUGAACGGCGGCCCGCCUCAGUCCGCCGAGCACAUGCUAAGUGUCGGCACCUACAACGCCAUCAUUGCACCGAACGAAUUCUACAGCCCGGAACACGCCGACUUCGCGUCUUCUCAUAAAACUUUCAAGCGCAUGAUGCCGGCGUUUGCAUGGGAGGUUCUGGAGGUAUACAGCGGACCGCCGCUUGUGGCGUUUAAAUGGCGCCAUUGGGGGGAGAUGAAAAGGGAUUAUGUUUCGUUGAAUGACAAGGGCGAAAAAGUAACCGUCCCAGCACACGGAGCAACAAUCGAUAUUCAAGGUGUCACCAUAGCCCGUGUCAACGCAUCAAUGCAGAUCCAAAGUAUAGAAACCUUCUUUGAUCCGCUCGAGAUGUUCCGGCAGAUUGCACCCAACGGCAUACCGGGCAAGACGACUGUGGCUCCUGAAGGAGGCGCAGAGGCAUGCCCUUUCUUAGCGGGCAAGGAGUGAUAUGGAAUGUUAACUCGCCGAUUUAUUUAUGGGCUUUCUUAUAUUGCCUUUCUUUUCC